AAACACACUUGCCCGGGACUCCGGCAGAGCCGCUUCCCGGGGCGGGCGAGGGGCGGGAGCGCCGCGGGAGCACGGGCCGUUGCCGUGGAGACGGCGGGGCGGGACGCGGCGCGGACGGGUGACGCAGCGCGCAGGCGCCGGCGGGAGGGUCGCGCCCGGAUGGAGCUGGAGCCGUUAGCGCGGAAGGUGUCCAGGCUGCAGGUGCGGGCUGGGCGGCUCCGCCGGGACCCCUCCGCGGGCUCUCGCAGGGGGACCCCGGGAACGGGCGAGGCUCGGGCGUUUAGUCCGCUGCGCGCGCCAACCGUGCCCACUGCCCGGGAGAAUGCUGGGACCCCGGGCUGCCCCGCGCGCCCCGCGCUUCCACCGCACGCUCCCGCGGGAUCAGGGCGAGGGUGCAGGUGGAGCAGGGGAUCCAGUCCAGCCUGCUCCCUCGGGCCCCCCGAGCCGCAGCGCACAGCGCUCGGGUCCCUUAGCAGCUACCGCAGGAUCCCCGAGAAGUCCCCACUUUUGCAGUGACAAUGGUUUUCUCUCUCCUCGUUGUCCACACCAGGCCUGUGUCCGGGGCUUCUUAGUCCGUCGCCACUUCCAGAGCCUGCGAGCUGAGUAUGAGGCUAUUGUCCGAGAGAUUGACGGCGACCUGGGCACGCUGCAGUGGACCGAGGGCUGGAUUCCCACGCCCCGAUUUCCUCCACAGAAGGCAAAAUCCCCGUGCAUCCGGCCGGCUGGAGAAAGAGCAAAUCCAGAGCAGUCGCGCUGGCUCUGUAAGAAGCCUGAGAAAGAGGCCAUCGGUGAGAAGACGAGGCCAACAGUGUCAGGAGAGAGCUCAGCAUCUGCCAGAAGGGUGCCUUGCCCAGAUGCCAGGCCCUGGCCCCAGGGGCAGAGCAGGAAACCCUGCCGAGAGGAAAGUGCAGAUGAGCUGUGGAUGAAGAAACCAGAGACUGCAGGUCCAGGACUGUCCUACAGCCAGACAGAGCUACAGGAGCUCCGCAGCCACUUGGCCAUGGAAUUGCUGUGGCUUCAACAGGCCAUCAAUAGCCGUAAGGAGUAUCUAAUCCUCAAACAAACACUGAGGUCUCCCGAGGCCUGUCAGACAAGAGGCAAGUCCAGCGGGCAUCCAGACCACGAGGGACAGGUCUAUGAAAGCCCCACACGGGAAGACCAAUCCUCCAGCAACAGGACCACUGGAGAGAGAGACCACACAGAAGAUGCCUGCUGGGGGCUCAGACCCUACAAGUCCCCAGAACGAUGGGCUACUACAGACAGAAGUACUGUUGGGUCCAGGCCCAGGGACCCAGGCCAGAGGAAGACUGGGCCACUACUGCCUACACCACCCAAGAACCUGGCUAGAGAGCCAGGCCAUGGGAAACAGAACUUGGGAGGGACCUGCCAGCCAUUGAGGAACUCCCUGGAGGACCUGACCCCCAGAGGUCUCUGUUCUGAGAAAGCCAGGACACAUCCGCCUGCAGUCUCUGAGGACCCACACAUUAAGGACAAGUUUCCUGGAGCUCUGGACCACAAAGAGUCUGACUUUCAGAGAGCCAGGCCACAAGAACCGGGCCUCUCAGAUGACUGUGUCUCCUGGGACGAGCCCUUGGCAGGACUGCCAGAACAUGGUGGCCUGGAUCUCUGGGACACUAAACCACCCAAGGUCCAGACCCUUGGUGAUAAAAGUACUGACAAUAGAGCCAUCAAUAUGGCCAGUCACGAAGGAUGGAGGAACCAGAGGGGAGCACCCUGGAGAGCAAGUCCCCCUGAAAAACGGUCUCCUGCAGCUUAGACUAGACCAAGAGGAUGGUGGAGGCAGGGGAGAAGCUAUGGAGAUGGGACCUCCAGGCUAUCCCUCAGAGAGCUAGGGAGUUGCAUGGGGGAUGCCAAGAAACGGUUGUGAGGGAGGCAGGGCCUCAUCCUCGCUCCCUGAUGCCAGCCAAUAACCUAGCCCUGCCGUUGGUGGCUGCUGGGGUCAAGAGAAGUUUGAACAGGGCGCAGAAGCGGUAAUAUAGCGGGUAGAGUGUUUGUCUUACACACGGCUGACCCAGGUUGGAUUCUUGGCAUCCCAUAUGGUACCCAGAAGUAACUCCUGAGUGUAGAACUAGGAGUAACCCCUGAGUAUUGCCAGUGUGACGCAAAAAAUAAAAAGAAGCUGGAACAAAUUGCUGGCUCCAAUGUGGGAAUAGGCAGAAAGACAUUUUUUUUCAUGAUUUGCUUGUAGCUCAAUAUAAAUUUAGGGGUCAAAUUUAGGGGCCUGA